UAUAUAUAUAUGUUAAUAUAAUUUAAAUUUAAUUAUAUAUCAUAUACGAUAGAUAAGAUUGAUUGUUUUGAUUUAUUUACACUAAAAUGAUUGUGAAUAAACAAGAACAGUCGUUUGAUUUAUAUGCGCACACCAAUUUAAUAGUAACUGAUUUUUUAGUUAUUUAAUAUAUAAUUAUUAUUUCAUAAUAUGCAGAAAAAUAUAAAAUAAAUAUGCAGGAAAACAUAAAAUCAUUAAUAAAUAUAAAAUAUUUAUUCUGCACAAGGCGCAUAUCUUAACGUAAGCAUGUAUCUCUUCAAUAAUUUUAAAUCUUAAACAUUUUCUAAAUCUCAGGCCAAAAUAAAAUAACGAAAUGAGAAUAAAUUCAAAAAUCAAUAUUUAUAUCGAGCAAUAACCAAAAUGAAAAAGUGACACAAAAUUGAGAAAAAUAUUGAAGAAUAUAUGAUUGACACGUGAACGUUAAACUUCUCAUAACCACAAUUAACUUUUAAAUUGCUAAAUCAUGAUAUAAAACCGACUUGACAUAGUUUCAUUCUAACCACAUAGUUUGCCUAAGAUUCUUUGGCCUAAACGUUAGGCUCUUACGCGAUAAGUGAUUUUUUUGACCUAAAAUAUUUUUGAAAAUGGGAUCAGCUCAUUAAUAAACAAAUUAUGUAAUUAACAAAAAAAAAUUAAGAUUUUGUUUAAGGACCAAAAAUAUUAAUUCGAUAUUUUUUCAUACGAUAUUUCUUAAAUAAUUUUCAUGCAAAGCGCAUGUCUUAUUCUAGUAUUAUAUUAAUAUAUGGAAUGUAAUAUUUACAGUUUUUCUUUUCCUUUUUUAUUUAUUAUAGUAAUAGAAGGAUAUCAACUUGAUAAAAAAAAAUAAGAAGUAAUAUAUAGAAGGAUAUCAACAUGCUAACUUUAAUACAAUAUAAUUAAUUAAGAUUUAUAGUUAGCUUUAACCAUUAGGUCCUAUAAAUAAAGCACCAAUUCACCAACCUUUGUAUUCAUUCAUCAUUUCCCUCUCUAUCUUUUCGAAUACUCUGCAACUAUGUCGAAGAAGAUCACCCUCAAGAGCUCCGACGGCGUAUCUUUCCAGGUCGAUGAAGCCGUUGCGCUCAUGUCUCCGAGAAUCAAGCGCAUGAUCGAAGACGACCGCACCGGUAAUGGAAUCACUAUUCCAAACGUGAACAGUGCAGCCCUCGCAAAGGUUAUCGAGUACUGCAAGAAGCACGUCGAAGCCAACGCUGAUGACACUGAGCUCAAGGCUUGGGACUUAGAUUUCGCCAGAGCUCUCGAGGGCCUCGACAAGGAUGCUUUCUUCGCUGUCGCCUCUGCUGCACAUUCUCUGAACAUCGGUGGACUUUUUGACCUAACGUGCAAGAGUGUGGCCGAAAUGGUGAGCGGCAAGACUGUAGAUCAGAUUCGCGAUAUCUUCCACAUCAAGAACGACUAUACAGAUGCGGAAGAAGCUAAGAUGCGCAAGGAGAAUGCAUGGGCCUUUGAGUGACUUGAAGUUGUGCUAUGUUGUUUCUUUUCUCUUUUGGUUUGAAUAAUUAAGUGUGUAACAAACCUUAUUUAUCUUUUAUUAUAUGGUUUAAUAAAAACAUAUUAUAUAUCA